CCUAAAAUUUGUACAUAUAACUUUGUCGUUGUGAACUGGAUUUUAAGCAUUUCUGCAGAAAUUGUUACAUACAUUUUUUAACAUUCUCGUUAAAUAAAAAAUAUGAUAAGCGAAGAUGAUGAUGAGUUUAUAUUUCAGUGUGAUGUUUUUGAAGAAGAUUACCAUGCAUGCGCAGGUACUGAUGCACAUAUGGAUACUAAGACUGUAGAUGUAAAUGAUCCACAAUCGGUGUUCUCAGCUGUUAUUGACAAGGUAAAGGGGACACCACUGUACACUUCGUUGCUCCAAUUUCUACAAUACUUACUCAAGAAUGCUUCACAAACUACACAAAGUGAAGACUUGUCGACGCAGUUAGAAAAAAUGACACAACAAAAAACGGGAAAUGAUACCUACAUUGAUGGAGAAAAGCUUUUACCAAAAGACGAAGAGCAAGGAAAAGAAACGACAGACGUAGCAAUCCAGACAGAAUUCACAGAUAAUAGCAAGGCUCUCACGAAUCGUUCACAUUUUCCUCAACCCCCUCCAUCAUUCCAAAACGCAUCAUCACCCCCACCGCCACCACCGCUACCGACGGCACCACCGCUACUGUCGCCACUACCACCCGUAGCUUCCCCACCGCCUAGAGUACCAAUGCCGCCACCACCACCACCUGGAGGUCCUCCAACGCAACGCACACUGAUCCCCACUACCUAG